GGUCUGUCCUUCCCCGCUUUUUUCGGUCCAAGAAAACCUCCCGGAACCGAGUCAUUCUAUCUCCCGACAUUCCCUAAAGAACUCCAUCCUUCCUUCAUCUACCUCCUACUUCCUAUACACAAUUCAAAAUGGUUGCCGACGCUUUGGUCUACCACCCUGCCUUGGCGCACUGGUUGCGCUUUGUCGCCACGACCGUCGGUCGCGAUAAGAUCCUUCGUACCCUGCAGUACUUCUCCCGCUUCUACGCGUGGUACCUGUACCGGACCAACCAACCCCAGUCCUCCAUCGACCCCUACAAUGCCGUCAAGAAGCAGUUCGGCACCACCCGUAAGAUCAUGCGGGUCGGCAAGUUCCUCGAGCACUUCAAGGCCGCCUCCCUGGCCUUUGACAACAAGAGCCCCGUCGACCCCGUGCUCCGCUACCUGGCCAUCGGUCGCCAGCUCGGCUACGCCGGCUACCUGAUCCUCGACGCCAUCACCGUCGUCGACAUCGUCGGCUACCGCAAGAUCGCCUCGGUCAAGCGUCUGUCCGACAACGCCGCCCGCUCUUGGAUGGUUGGCUUGAUCUUCAGCGCCAUUGCCGGCGCCUACACCCUGUUCCGUCUGCAGGAGAAGGAGAAGACCCUCGACCGCAAGGAGGGCGAGAGCGCCGUGGAGGCCAAGAAGAUCGAGAAGGAGCGCUCUGCUGCUCGCAUCCAGCUCUUCUCCGACCUGUGCGACCUGUGCGCCCCCACCUCCACCCUGGGCAUCACCUCCUUCGACGACGGCGUCGUCGGUAUUGCCGGUACCACUAGCAGUUUGAUCGGUGCCUGGAACCAGUGGCGCAAGACUGCCUAAGCGGUCACUUGAAAUAGAUUGGACCGCACGAUUGAAAUAGCAGUCAAGUGAAUAUCCGACCCACUUCGGGUAUCUGUUUUUCAAUUUGAUAAUGGUCAAAGCCUCCUGAUUCCAUCCCGAAACAAUGAAGAGUCACAGGAAGGUGGAGAGAGGAGAGGGUUGAUUCUAGACCUAGAGCAGGCGAUGGAAAAAAGACCCGAGGACGCAAGAAGGAAAGAAAGUCAAUACGCAUAUGCUUAUUCUCGCGCUGGUGUUGGUAUCUGUGUUUUAUUUCUUGUAUGUAUGUAUCUUAGAAUCAUCUCCUUUGUUGAUUGAGCACUUGAUUAUACAAUCAGAC